AUGCCAAAACCAGACCUGCUCUGCCUAGUUCAGCUGCUGGACGGCACCAUCGAGACCUUCCAUGUAAAUAAACAGGAUGAAGGUUUGGUUCUUUUGGACUUAGUGUCCGACCACCUGGGCCUGCAGGAAAGGCAGCUCUUCAGUCUGCAGAUCAGAGAGUCCAACACCGCCAUCUCCUCACUCACAGCCAACACACACUCGCCUAGAUGGUUGGAGCCUGAAAAACCCUUGAAGAAGCAGAUAAAAGGUCUUGCAUGUCCAUUUUAUCUAAACUUCCGAGUGCGCUUCUUCAUUUCCGAUCCCAACUCUCUUCAACAUGAACAGACAAGGAAUCUUUACUUCCUCCAGAUCAGGACUGACAUAAAAGAAGGCAGGUUGCAGUGCCCGCUCAGUUCAGCUGUCGUGUUGGCCUCUUAUGCCGUGCAGUCCGAACUGGGGGAUCACUGUCCAUCCCAGGAAAGCGGUUACUUGUCAAAGUGCCACUUCAUCCCUGAGCAGGAAGAAAACUUUAUAUCCAAAGUGGAGGACCUGCACCCAAAGCACAAGGGUCUAAAAAAAUGUGAGGCAGAGCUAUGUUUCCUUAAUACAGCACGAACAUUAGAGCUAUAUGGAGUGGAGCUGCACGCCGCCCUGGACACUAACAAUGCCCCUCUUAUGGUGGGCUUGGCAUCAAGUGGUGUUGCAAUAUUUUGUAAUAUGAUUUGCUCCAGUUUCUUCCCCUGGGCCAACAUUAUCAAGAUUUCAUUUAAGAGGAAGCGCUUCUUUAUACACCUCAAACGUAAACAUGGGGAGACCCAGGACUGUGUGGUGCCUCUAGUUCUACCGUGUCCAAAGACCUGUAAGAACCUUUGGCGCUCCUGUGUUGAUCACCACUCAUUCUUCAGCUGCAACCGCACCUCCAGGAGCCCCAAACAUAACAAUAGCACAGUUCAUUCUUAUAGGAAGUUGAUAACUCACCACCUGGGCCUGACUAACAACAAAAAUGAAAGGGGGCCAGUCUGUCAACGAGUAGUCGGUGGGAUGGUGUGGAACCCAGUGUUACGGCGGUCUAUUUCAUCAGAAUAUUUGGAGACAAAGAGUCUACCGUCUAGAUCACCUCCCAGCACUCCCAACUGGCGCAGUCCUCGUGUUCGCCAUGGCAUCCGCAAAGGGCGCCCAUCGUCCAUGGAGCUGGGCAGUGAGCUAAAGGACAUGUCUGAAGGAGAAGAUGUCUUCUACACGUACAGAGCGUCUGUCAGCAGCAGCAAGGACAGCGAAGGGGACAAUUCGCUGCAUCACGAAACUGGACCCUGCAACCAAAGGUUGAAUGAGAUCUUAUUGCAAGCUGAUGACGGCAUAACAGAAGAGGAUGGGGUCAGCAGCUCCAUCAACAAUAAGCAGGCCCUCAAUGACGGCGACCUGCUGCUGAUUCGUAUUGCUCCCGAUCACGAGGGCAAGUUUGGCUUUAAUGUUAAAGGUGGGGUGGAUCAAAAGAUGCCUCUUGCCAUAUCCCACGUUAAACCUGACUCUCCGGCCGGUCGAUGUGAGCCCAAACUGCUUGAGGGAGACCAGGUGGUGCUCAUCAAUGGUCGAGACAUUUCUGAACACACGCACGACCAGGUGGUCAUGUUCAUACGGGCCAGUAGAGAGUCGCACUCCCGAGAGUUGGCCCUUCUUAUAAAACGCAAAGGUACUGGCCGAGCGGCGGCUCUGCUAUUGCUGCCCCCGGCCCUCACCCUCACCAGUCAGUCCCAAGGGGAAUCGCAGAAGUCCCCCGGCCAAUCGGAGCGGGUCACCACGCUGGAUGAAUCCAUGCGACAGAUGGAGAAAGGAAUUCAGUCAGGAACUCUGUGCUUCCACUUUGAGAAUUUAUACAGGAGGAAGCCCGGACUGUCGCUAAGCUGCGCUCGGCUUCCCAAGAACAUGGACAAGAAUCGUUAUAGGGACAUUUUACCCUAUGACACGACCAGAGUCGUCCUCCAAGGCCAAGAGGACUACGUCAAUGCCAGUCAUAUCACUAUGUUGCCUCCUGUGUCUGGAGUGUGUUUACGUUAUGUUGCCGCUCAAGGUCCGCUGCCACAGACCUGCGGGCACUUUUGGCAAACCGUUUGGGAGCAGCAGUCACACACCAUUGUCAUGCUUACAACUCUGACGGAGCGGGGAAGGACCAAGUGCCACCAAUACUGGCCCCAUCCGCCGGAAGUGAAGGAUUAUGGACACAUGCGGGUGAAGUGUCACUCGGAGGAGUGCAACCUGGCUUACGUGACACGGCAGUUCACCCUAACACACACUCAGCUGGGUGAAGAGCGUGCAGUCACACACCUUCAAUACGUGGCGUGGCCCGACCACGGUGUACCCGACGACCCUUCUGACUUCCUGCUGUUCGUCACUUCAGCCAGGGAGAGGAGACGAGCCGAAGAGCCUCUAAUGGUUCACUGCAGUGCGGGGAUUGGUCGGACAGGUGUUCUAAUCACCAUGGAAACUGGGCUGACGCUGCUGGAUCAGGGGCUGCCGGUGUUCCCGCUGGACAUUGUCAAAACACUGAGAGAUCAGCGGGCCAUGAUGAUUCAGACCACGUGUCAGUUCCAGUUUGUGUGCGAGGCCAUUCUGCGAGUAUACAAGGAGAAGCAAGGGGGAUCUACGGCCCCGUAG